AUGGCAGAAACAAAGCAAAAGGUUGUCAUUGUCGGUGCAGGCCCUGUUGGGUCUCUAGCCGCCCUCUACGCCGCCGAGCGAGGCGACAUUGUUGAACUAUAUGAACUGCGUGGAGACCUCCGCAAUCCCUCGACCACCCCCCUGAAUUUCACCAAGUCUAUCAAUGUGGCCCUUGCGGAACGCGGCAUCAAUACGAUGAGGCGGAUCAAGCGCCCUGGAUUUAUAGAUGCGAUUCUCAAGGAAACCGUUCCCAUGUACGCCCGCAUGGUUCAUAGAAAGAACCAAUUGGGCAAGCUCACACAGGAAUCCCAGCCCUAUGAUGUUCACGGCAGGUACAACAAUGCCAUGGACCGUGGCCGCCUCAACGAGAUCCUGCUUGACGAACUUGAGAACACGCCCAACGUGAAAAUCUUUUUCAACCAUAAGCUAACGGGCGCCGAUUUCAAAAACAAAAAGGCCUGGUUCGAGCGAAAGAACGUCGAUGAUCCCACAGGGGCAGCCACCACUACUACGCAAAACGGCAAAUCUAUUGCUGUCACCCGAGCACCAGAGAUCGAAGUUCCUUUCGACUUCCUCAUAGGUGCUGAUGGCGCACAUUCCGCUACCAGGUAUCAUCUCAUGAAGUACGUCCCCAUGAAUUACCAGCAAGAAUACGUCGAUGUACUCUGGUGCGAGUUCCACAUCGCGCCAACGGCAGAUACAAAUGAUUUCGCUAUCUCGCCAGACCACCUACACAUCUGGCCCGGACGGGAAUUCAUGUUCAUUGCGCUUCCUUCGCCGAAUAAAACGUUCACUUGCACUCUCUUCGCGCCAGAAGCGCAAUUUGCUGCCCUGGAAAAGGAGCCGGACACCCUCCUCGCAUUUUUCAACAAAAACUUCCCUGGCGUGUCUCCGGAGCUCAUCUCGCCAUCCGCCCUACAAGAGCAGUUUAGAACGAACCCGCACCUACCACUUAUCAGUAUCAAAUGCUCACCAUACCACUUUGGCUCCAGUGUCGUGAUCAUUGGCGAUGCCGCCCAUGCCAUGCUACCCUUCUAUGGGCAGGGUCUGAAUGCCGGACUCGAGGAUGUACGCAUCCUCUUUGAGUACCUCGAGCAGCAAGGGGUGUAUGGACACCCGUCUUCCCAAAAAUCGCAAGGGAACAUCAACAUCGACACCGCCCGCGCUGCCGCUCUAGAUGCAUACACCUGCGAACGCACCCCCGAUGCGCACGCUAUCAAUGAUCUGUCACGCCGUAACUACCUUGAAAUGCGUUGGGGGGUGACAUCGCCGCUCUAUCUUCUGCGCAAAUAUGUUGAAGAGACCCUGUACCGACGCAUCCCAAUUCUGGGAUGGUCAACCCAGUAUGCCCGCGUGAGUUUUAGCAAUGAACGCUAUUCAGAGAUUGAAAUGAAGGCAAAGCAGCAGGGCCGGAUUCUAGUUCGUGUGUUGACACUCAUGCUGGCUUCGGUUAUUGGUGCUGGAGGGUUUUUGGGUUGGAAAGGGAUGUGGUGGGAGCGGUUGGGGAAGUUAAUGAGGAGUUUUUGGUAG